AUGGCCAUGUGGGAGUACCUAAGUCCUGGCCUAGCCGCACCCGAAGACCGAAAAACGAAGGCCUGGACGGAGGCCGAGACCAUUCGCCUUGUCCUGGUCGUACUGCAGGCCGACAACCCCGAGCUCAACAUGAAGAGUUGGAAGGGAAUUGUCGCUGGAGCUAAUGCGACCAGCGGUACCAAUGGCCACGGGGCUCGCGGGGGUCUGUAUGCCAUCGCAGCGAUAAAGGGGGUGCGCCAGCCUCCAGCUUGCACGGUGCCGAUGGUCAUGGCUGUGCCGUUGACCAGGCUGGAUGUAACCACAUCACGAUUUCGAUGUAAUAACAACAUCGACGAUAGUGCUCUGGAAACCCUCGUUAGGGUAGGUAACGACCUCCUGGCAAGGAUCGGCUCGAACGGAGUCGUGGGCACCCUCCCUAACGGCAAUACAAAGUUCGUCUGCUAUGAACGGAAGAUCGACGGCACGGGAUUGUGUCUCGCCGCCAUAAACAACGACAAGAAAGGCCUGAAAAGAAGCAAACCUUCGCUGCUCGAGACCCUCAAGUCCACCACGGGCUUCGCUGACGUCACCGUUAAGUACGGCUGGCCGCCGCAAGCCCUGGGCCCCGACCAGCACAGUGUCGCGCUGCAAACCCUCGGCCUUUCGGAGCAGCUGAGUAUCGAGAAUGCGAAGUUACUCAACUACAGACCCUUGGGUCUCUGGCUGAAUUCGGCGUAUGCAAAGUACAUCGUCAAGGGCAACUUCAUGACGCUCAGUGCGAGACCGAAGGCCAUCCUCGAAUACCAGAAGAAGUAUCAAGUCUCCGCUGUGUCGAGCUCGUUCUACUCAUUUGGGACCACCUCCCGAUCAAACGUGCAGAUUAACGUGCUCCUGCGCGUUAUCGAACUGGACUCUGGACCCUCUUCGCCUGCUAACGGAGACGUCUUUGUGGCCAGAGAGGCCCUAACCAGUAUCGAGACACAGAUGGCUACUGUCAUUCCGUGCAUGAAUGAGGAUUACCGCACGAUCGAGGGUCAGACCCCGAUGACUCGCUGCCGAAAAAGAAGCCCACCCGAAGACGAUGAACACCGCCUCUUCCGCCACGGUGCCGAUGUGACGAAGUUCAAGACACCCAUGCAGGGUGACAAUAGUGUCCGACUCUCGGACGAACUUGCCGGAUACUACGGCAAGAUGUCAGACCACCGGCGACGAAUUGAGGGCAAAGGCCCAGGGGAUAACGGCUUGAGAUGUUCCCAGAGCAUCCUAUCCUUCGCAUUCGACCCCGGCCCGAUCGUCCCCUCCCUGCUGUGCGCCCGUUCCUGUCGAUCGGCAUGUGUCCAGCAUGCUCGAGGAUCCUUCACGGUCGCUACUUCGACAUCCUCGACAUUGAGCAUCGGCGGAUGCAUGAACGCGGUGCUUGCAAAUGCAGUACGGUCUUUCCGAACCUGCAGCAGCCUCGGCAGGUCCCCCUUGCCCAGAACGGAGGCAACAUCUUCGACGAGCCUGUCGUUGGUCAGGAAUGUGAGCCUCACGCUAUUGGGGCUGGUGCUGGGAGUCGUCGCAUCGUCAGGCUAUAGUGGAACGGUCAGAGGGGCGGGUCUCGUCGAGACGUCCAUGAUUGUGCGGCACCUUUCCCCAGGUCUCAUAUUCACGAUGAGGCUCAAGGCCAUGAGCCAGUUUACGCCUGUACGCAACGAGAACGUAUUCAUCAAGACCGGAUACGACGAGGCCGCUGGCAACGAGAACGCCAUCGUCAAGAACGAUGGCAAUGAGGACAUCGUCAUCAAGAACGAGGACAAUGAGGCCGCAUGGGAUAUCGCAGGCAUUGAGGCCGUUGGCAACGAAACGAGACCUACGCCCCUUCAGGGCAUCCCCGACGUUAGAAGAGCAAGGGCAGCAUGGAAAAAUGCCGACGACACGCUCAAGAACAUCAUGGAAGUCGUCAAUAUCAAUGGCGAUGGAAAGAUAAAGUACGAAAGUCGGCACAGAUUCCGAGUCUUUAUUGAAGCAGCUGAACGCCAGCUUUUCUACCUCUUCAAGAAGAUAGACCGAGACCGCGAUGGAAGAGUCGACAAAGAGGAGCUCCAUGGCGCGCCAGCAUGA